ACUGAUUCCGCAAACAGAUGCGACCGUUGGCUUUUGAAAAUUUCAAAUUUCGAACUUAUUUUACUCACCAAAUACAACAAUAACAAAACUCAAAGAAAAAAAAAAAUCGCUGAAGAAUCGAGAAUUCAACCAUGAGAUUCCACCUUCAAUCAAAAUCUAACAGCAUUGAAGAACAAGAAGAAGAAGAAAACAACCAUGAAAACAGCUCCCACUACUACCCAGGUUGCAAGAAAAACGCCAAUUGCAACUGUGAAUAUUGCAUAGCUAGCAUCAAUGCAACCCUUGAUCUCAUACCCAAUAGUUCUUUAACCAAAUUCUCAUCUUCAAAACCCAACAAUGUUAACAAUAACAUCACUCCAAUUUCCAUUGAUUCUUCCAUUUUCUCCACACCCGAAAACAGUUCUGACGGUGUAAUAGCGCCGUCUACUCCUGUUAUCAAGUCAAGUGCUAAAUCAAAUCAUGUUGUUCAGAGAAUUGAAAGAAAGAAAAAGGGUGAAAAGAGGUGUUUUUACUCUGGUUUAGGUUUAUUGAAGAUGAUGAUGGUUUUGGGGGUUCUUUUGUUUGCUGAUGUUGUUUUGUCAAUGGUUGUUUCUGUGGUUUUUCAACCUUCUUUGUCAGAGGAUAUAGUGAAAAGGGUUGGUGAGAAAUGUCAUAAAGUUCAAGAUUUGAAUGGAAAGUUGAAGUUUUUGCAGAAGGAAUUGGGAGGGAUUGUGAAUGGAAAAGUUUCUAACUGUAGCUUUAUUGAUAAAUCAUGGAAAAUCAACCAGGAUGGUCUAUUAUUGAAUUCAAGGUGCAAAUUGUACAAAACAGCAAUUGAGGAGGUAUCAAUUUGGGGGUGGCCUCUACAAACAGCUGGAAUGAUCACCACUGGGAUGUCUAUUCGUACAGUAACUAUCUUAUCAGGAAGAGUUACUGAGUGGAAUGGUGGACAAGUUAGCUAUGUGAUUCGGAAGGCCAAUACUUCAUGGAUACAACCAAAAUGGGGUGCCUCGGUAGUGCAAUUAGACCCUAAUACUUGGGUUCUUGAGUAUCAAAGGAGCUCUAUGAUUGAUUGUAAAGGAUUGUUUUCUACAGCAUUGGAGUUUAUCAAGUAUAGGAUUUCAAGGAUUGUCAGCAAGAUGAAGAAAGAUUUCUGGCAGUUUGUGGCAUUUGAAGAUAAUCAUCAAUACAAUUGGUUCACAACAACAAACUAUGGGUCUAAGACCCCAACUUGAAGUCAAUAGUAGAUUGUGGAGUUAAAUUAUUCUCAAUCAGUGCAAAGCCCUCAUUUCUUGUGAGGAGUUCCAACUUUUUUACUUGUAAAGGUUCUUUUAUAUCUUUGAUUUUAUCUGUCAAUUCUUAAUCAACAAUAGAUUUUGAACCUCUUUUGUCAUCCCUUUUGAGAAUGCUUUUCUCUUUAUUCACUGUUAUAAUCGAA